CGUAUUAGAGGUGGCAGGGAGUCUCCUUCCCAGGGAUGCCCCCUCCCUCCAAUCCGGCCGUCACCUUGAGAUGCGAGGGAAAGCCUCGCGCGCCGUUGGUUUUCCCUUUCCCCGCCCCGUGCGCGCGCCAGAGGGAGAGAGAGAGAGAGCGCGAGAGAGAGGGCUCCCCGCGACAGCCUCCUCCUCCCCCCGCCCCCCGCUGCCAUCGCACUGCACCGCCGCCUUGCCCUCAGCGCGCGCUACUGCUGCUGCUGCCUCUGAGCGGAGACCCAAGCGCUUCCAAAAGCACGGUGAGCCAAUCCGGGUGAGAGACAGAAGAUAACAUUCCACCAACCCCCGCAGCUUUGGAGCGGCUGCUUCUGCGUUACUUCAUGCAACUUCUGCAGACUGCUUGAAUUCCCCAGUUGUGACACGAGCAUAGAGAAAUACUGCAUUUUGAACACAAAUCUUCUCUGAACCCUUCAGCAGUUUCAUUUUUGAACAGCAAACAGAGAACUGCUCGCAUUGGUGGUGCUGCUCCAGCUGCGUGUGUGUGUGUUGUAAAAAGGAUGGUGUUUCUCUAGCUGCCACGCACAAAACAACACAUUUGACAAUGAGGACUCUUCGCAGGUUGAAGUUCAUGAGUUCGCCCAGCCUCAGUGAUCUGGGCAAGAGAGAGCCGGCAGCCUUAGAUGAGCGGGGGACCCAGCAGCGACGGGCCUGCUCCAACGCCACCUGGAAUAGUAUCCAUAAUGGAGUAAUAGCUGUGUUCCAGCGAAAAGGUCUUGCAGAACAUGAACUUUACAAUCUUAAUGAAGGUGUCAGGCAGUUACUGAAAACGGAGCUUGGAUCCUUCUUUACUGAAUAUUUGCAGAAUCAGCUGCUCACCAAAGGAAUGGUGAUCCUGAGGGACAAGAUUCGGUUUUAUGAAGGACAGAAACUUUUAGAUACCUUGGCUGAAACGUGGGACUUCUUUUUCAGUGAUGUCCUGCCCAUGCUUCAGGCUAUAUUCUAUCCCGUUCAGGGAAAAGAGCCUUCUGUCCGCCAACUAGCUUUGUUGCACUUCAGAAAUAUUAUAACUCUCAAUAUCAAAUUGGAAGAUGCCUUGUCCCGUUCCCGAGCAAGGGUUCCUCCUUCAAUAAUUCAAAUGUUGCUCAUUCUACAGGGGGUUCAUGAAUCAAAAGGCGUAACUGAAGACUAUUUAAAAUUGGAGGUUCUGUUACAGAAGGUUGUUUCACCUUAUUUGGGUACAUAUGGUUUAUACUCCAGUGAUGGGACUAUCCCACACUCUUCGUGCAUUUUAGAAUUACAGAAAGAUGAAGCAGAAAACGCAGCUAUGGGUGAAAGCUCAUUUGUAUCUGUACCAAGCAGAGAUACUCAAGUGAGCAUGACUCACCCAUAUUAUGAUGUGGCAAGGCACAAUAUCAUUCACUUUGCAGGUGAUGACAGGUUGGGCAGAAAAGUGAUAGCUUUCAGUUGCUGCCGCAUGCCUCCUUCUUACCAGCUUAAUCAUAUUCGGCUAUUAGAAUAUUUAAAGUAUACACUGGAUCAGUAUGUGGAAAAUGACUACACAAUUGUCUACUUUCACUAUGGUCUGAACAGUCAGAAUAAACCUUCCCUGAGCUGGUUGCAAAGUGCCUACAAGGAAUUUGACAGGAAGUAUAAGAAAAAUCUGAAAGCAGUCUAUAUUGUACAUCCAACCAAUUUCAUAAAAAUCAUUUGGAACAUCUUUAAACCUCUAAUCAGUCACAAGUUUGGGAAGAAGGUCAUCUAUCUGAAUUAUUUAAGUGACCUGAGAGACCAUCUUAAAUAUGACCAGCUGAAAAUCCCUGAAGAGGUUAUUCGGCAUGAUGAAAAACUUCGGAUUAAACAAAAGAAGAAACCACCUACCACAGUGAAGAUUCCUCCACCAAGGCCACCGCUCCCGACCCAGCAGUUUGGAGUCAGCCUCCAAUACCUCUCACUUAAGAACAAAGGUGAAGUAAUUCCACCAGUAAUGAAGCACACAGUAGCUUAUUUGAAGCAAAAAGGGCUCAAAGCGGAAGGGCUGUUUAGAAGAUCAGCUAGCUUACAAAGUAUUAAAGAAAUCCAGAAACUUUAUAAUCAGGGAAAGCCUGUUAAUUUUGAUGAAUAUGGAGAUAUCCACAUUCCUGCAGUCAUCCUUAAGACUCUCCUGAGAGAACUUCCUGAGCCUUUACUGUGCUUUUAUACCUAUGAUGAAAUCCUUGGAAUUACUAGUGUGGAAAGUAGCUUACGAGUAACUAGAUGCAAAGAAAUUGUCCAUAGGCUUCCUGAGCAAAAUUAUGCUGUUCUGAAGUUUCUAAUAUGUUUUCUCCAUAUGGUGUCACAAGAAAGCAUUUUCAACAAAAUGACUGGUUCCAACCUUGCCUGUGUCUUUGGCUUGAAUCUGAUCUGGUCCUCCAAAGAUGCUCCUUCCUUUAUUUCUUUAGUACCUAUAAAUCUUUUUGUUACAUUAUUGAUAGACUUCUAUCCCACAAUAUUUGAUUCUCGAGUUGUGCCUGGUGAAGAGAUACCUUGAACAUAAAAUGAAAGGGAAUUGACAUUUGGUCUUUCAGCCCAUUGGCUCCUUCCCAGUUCUUCCAUCUGAGAUCCCUUUGGAGAUGCUUGAGACAACCUGGGGCCUCUUUAGGGCAAGACUCAUUCUUCUCCUGUAUGGUGUUUUCCUAAUCAAAUGUUAGAUGUAAAAUUGGUGACUUGGAGCAGGGCUCUCUCAAACUAGCUUUACUAGUUUAUAUUUUCCUUGAAGCUGGAAAAAAAAAUAUAUCAAAAGAGGUUGAAUGUAGUAGAGGUUGCUAUGCUUCUAUGAUUAGCUGUUUUGUUACUGUAAUCAUAGUAAUUAUUUAUUGUUUAUUUUUAUCAUCUGCAAUUCUUGUUUUGUACUUUUUGACGCCGGAAAGAACUGCAGGGUGGACUCUGUGGAUUGCAGCUUUUGAUUUUAGCCAGAAAAAUCCAGGAAUUAUUAAUUUAGCCAGACAAUGUGGUUCAUGAUGAUGAUGUAUUUCUGUGUUAUGGGUAUGUGUCAUGUAAUGAUUUAAGAAUUGUUCAUUUCUGCAAGGGAGAAGGAGUAUUUUCAAGAAUUUUCUCCCUUCUGCCUCACAUUUUCAAAAAUUAAACCCACCUUAGCAAAGUUUGAUGGGGAGAGCAGCCAAGGAUUUGGUUGACUACAGGCUUCCUGUUCUCUUCACUUACCUGAUGUGACAUCGGUGGGGAAACAAUUGAACAUCUGGAAGGUUGUAUCCUUUUCUGUCAUAAACGUCUUCAUGCAACUUUGUGGGAGAAAGGCAGCCAUUGAUCGGGGGACUGUAGUGUGCCAAGAUUCUUUCCUGGCUCAUCUGCUCUCUACAUAAUAUUGAAGUGAAUCAAUUUGAGUCAUUUCAGUUUAACUGAUUUUAAACAUAUACUUAAAUUUUUU